GGGUAUGAUGGAGACCGGUAUCCCAUAUUCCAGUAUUGAAGAUGUACACAUUAUCUCGCGGUGGGACGCAGGCCAAAAAUUCUGUAUACGCAUCACCAUCCAAGACGGCUCACUUUUACUGCAGGCCCACAAUUCUCAUCUGCGGGACCAGUGGCUUCACUCCAUCAGCUGGAAGAAUGCAGAUUUCAUUACCCGGGUGGCUCACGAGAACAUCAUUGUUGCCUUGUCGCCGCUGCUUGAAAACAAUUACCCUACGCAGGAAAUAUGUGGUUUCUUCAGCAAGCACUGUAAAAACAGCCCCCGCUCCAGUAUUGUCAUAGAACUCUUCACCCCCGUCGUAAUGAGAAUCAUGAAACACAACACAGACUUCGGAAAGUAUCCACGAAUGAGAGGAUUCGUGCAAGAGUACAUUCAGGCCUUAAAUUGUCAGAACGAUGGUUUCAACGUAGUACAGAACUUUGUGAGAAGCAUGCACAGUCCAUCAAGUGCGUGUCCACAUCCGCGAGUCCUGCCCAAUAUGGUCGCCGUGUGUCUGGCCGCAGUCUAUACCUGUUACGAGGACAGGAAAAAUGCUAUGCAGAGCAACAGCUCCAUCGUCCUGGACAAACAGGAGUGGGAAAUCAAACUUCUCUGUCACAUUGGAAUCAUGGAAACACUGUCGUCGUACUCAGAUUGGAGACUGGUGCUAGGAAGUCUACUUCAACCAAUUCCAUUUCCUAAUGAUGCCCUUGCCCAUGAGUUUUUCACUUCGAAGAUGAAGGCUGUCCUGAGGAAUAUAGCGAGUGACGAACACUGUGACGUCCACCAGACCAUACUCGGGAUCCGUGACGGCAAAGAGGGAUGGUUCCAUAUGUAUAUACCGGGCACUUUAGCAUGUGACGAUGAGGGCGAGCUGUGGGGGAUCAUGUUGAAGACCCUGAUACAUUGCUGCUGUAAGAGAAAAAAGUUUUUGAACAGCCUUAACAAGAUGGUGGGACCAAUCAUGCUGCUAGCCCUUCGGGAGAAUGAGGCCGCUAUGGAGGUGCUGUGUGCGAUGUUGGAGUUUGAUGUGGUCGAGAGUAAUGACAUGAAGAUGCAGAUGGUAACGACCCUCCAGAGUACGAGUAUGGGGAAGCGCAUGUACGCCCAGCUGUGUGAGCGACAGAUCGCUCUCAGGGAGCUGCAACAAAAAGGUGGCCCUAAGAAGCUCACACUGCCGUCAAAGUCCACCGACGCAGACCUAGCCAAGAUGCUGAGUUCUGGGUCGUUUGGGAACCUCGAGUGCCUCAGUCUGGCGUUCACGCACGUCACCAGUGCCUGUGCUAGUGAUCUGAUCAAGUUACCGUCGUUACGUUACCUCAACUUGUGGUCUACGCAGUUUGGUGACACAGGGCUACAAAUGAUAUCUGAAUACCUACAAAAAUUACAAGUGUUGAACCUGUGUGAAACUCCCGUCACGGACAAAAGCCUCGUCUGUCUAUCUGCCUUGAAGAACCUACGCAAAUUAAACCUGAACAGCACAAGUUUAUCAGCGUUGACGUUUGAGGGACUAAAGACCAAACUACCGGCCCUGCAGGAAUGUGACGUGCGCUACACAGAUGCGUGGUGACCACAUAAACACAACAACGGACAACAUCCUUUAACCAUUCUUUACACCAAAUUAAAAGGUGAACAACAUGCGUCUGUGGAUCUAUUCGUCUUCUAGGUGUUGUUGUUGAUCAGGUGUUUCCAUGGUUACCAUUCAAAAUCACCCAGGGUGAUUAAGAAAUAAUGGGCUUUAAGGGAAUUUCCUCCCGUGCGAUAUAGAGUUAUCGUAAUAUGUGUAUGGUGUUAAGACUCACCUUAAGAUAUGAAUAUCUACCGACAACUCCAUCAAAUUGUGGCCAGUGAAAAUUGCAGGAGUCCGCAGAGUCAAGGUCACUGAAGUCCAGAGUCAAGGUCACGGAAGUCCAGAGUCAAGGUCACAUAAAUAUUGACCUUGCAUCACUAUGUGACCUUUCAACUUGGUCAUUAUCCAAUGGAAAUAGGAGGAUUCCAGACUACUAAAGUGCUUUCAACAGUUGAAGAAGGAUCUGCAGCCUCUGUGACAAGGAUGAGGGGUGAACAUUGUGUCUAACUAUAAAAUGAAGUCACCAUUUAAUAUUACUAUGGGGUGAAGCAGAGACUAAGGACGAAAUACACCCAUAUCCUUGUCAACAACUACCAAAAAUGAAAUCUAAAUAUUGUUAUCGAAUACCAAAUAUUGUCAUAAGCAAUUGAUUCCAGGUAUAUACAUAUGUACCAUGAAUGGAAGAAACUUGACUCCACUGGUGCCAGAAACUAUAGAUAUCAAUUAUCACAGACUUGUUAUAAAUAGCCUUUGUAUUGACCUCCACAAAGGUCAAACCUAUUUAUAGAGUUUGGGUCAGAUCUAUUUAUGGAGUCGUAAGGACAAGUGUUGAAUGUCAAUUCUGGCAUCAGUCCCCUUUGUCAUGCACCACAAUGCACAUGUUGUAUAUAAUAUUGACAGAUGUCACUCUGGUGAACUUUUGUCUAUGAUAUUGUCCUGGAAGUGUCCAUGUUCCGCUCUCAAAGAGUCUAACAUAAGCCCGUCAUUGUUUAUGUUUUUAUGUGUGUCUGUUUUGUUGUUGGUCUUAUUUCACAUGUCUCUGUCUGUUUGCCCUCCGCUGUCAUCAUUCAUGUCCGGAGUCCGUGGGAUCAUCAGUCAUAAAUAUGUCUCUCAUGAAUCAUGACAUCUAUUUGUCCUACGUCAGUCGUGCCAUAAGUGUUUGUCUGUCUGUUUGUCCUUCAUCCCUCGUCUAACCAAUAAUCUAGAUUUUAUAUUAAGCAUCCUUAUUAACUGGAGAAUGUACAUGUAAUAUAAAUAAUGUUAUAUAUUUAAAACUUUUUAUUGCUUGUCAAAUGGUGCAGAGAACAAGUCUGAAGAGAAUAAGAAACAGCAAGAACAGUAAUUACACUCACUGGAGAACUCGCCCAGGGGAGAUUACUCUGGAGAAAGAGAAUGAAUUAUUACAGACAAGGGAGAUAAUUCAUGAAACAUAAAAUUGGAUUUUCCAUGCAUUAAGAAGAUACUUUUUUUAGGUUGAACUGAAUGCAGUAUAAUAAGUAAAGCUGUGAACAUUAUCACACCACAUCAUAAACAAACAUUAUCACAAAGAAUAAUCUGAACAAGGGAAAUAAUUCACACAAAAAACUGUUCUGAUGAAGAAGGAAUUCACAUAGAGACAUUGAUUCUAGAAAUAGUUGUUCAGUAUCAAAGUAGGAUUAGUAAACAACCAAAAGAGAGAUAUUGUGAAGGAAAAAAAGUAUCUUUGUAAUGAUAGGCACCAUGUAAGUGAUGACGCUUGAUUGUGACCUCGUCUUCUUGUGUUUAAGAUUGACACCAUUGUAAACUCCAUUCAGGGUUUACAAUUAUGGUUUUUAUUUAUUCCAAUGAUUUGUUUGUUGCAGUUUUAGAAUUUUUAAUUUUAUGAAAGGUACUCCGUGCACGAAGGUGUAAAAUAUGUAUGAGUCGGCAGUAUAAAAUCUUACACUACAUGUGUAUGAUUACUUAGUUGUUAUACAUAGAUGAAAUUUCUAAACAAACCAAAAAUAUAAUUUGGCCAUGCUUUCUUUAAUACCUGGUCAAAGAUGAAAAAUCUAAUACAGAUAUGCUACAAUGAUUAGCCUUGGGGUCUGGCCCUAUCCCUGGGAUCUUAUUUGGAGAAUAUUUUGCCAUUACCUUAGAUAUCCAGAUGAGCGAUACAAGCCCUCUGGGCCUCUUUUUGUUAUUGACCUCUUCAAUGAUAUGAUUGUUGAUGCUAAUAUAAUAGCUAUUCAGUUUCUGUUUAAGUUUUCUUUGAAGAAUUUAUUUCUUCAAAUUGCGGUUAUUCUGCAUUCACUUAGCAUAUUUUUAUGUUUGAAAUUACAAGAACUGUCAUUUUUGAAUUUAAGUACCCCAUGAAGGGUCGUUAAAAUUUUUAGUUCACCUCAUUCAUUUGAAUGGUAUAAGAUAGUAGUCAACUUAUAAACGCUGGACCGAGGAUAUAUCACGAACCGCAGGUCACAUACACCGUAUAUACUUCAGUAACAUUGAGUUCUAUGCCUGUUCUUGUUCCCAUAUCUCCUCUGCCCCCCUGGAAUAUGUUGUGACUAAGUUGAAGGCCCUGUACGCGUACGUGUCAGCUUGAUACAAGUAGACAAGCCAGAUCCUCUGAUGUAAGAAUAAAGCAGCAGCAUAUUGGUAAUAUUGACCAGCUUUAAAGUUGGAUGUGGCUGCUCUGUAAUCUAAAAAGGACAGCUACAGCCUUGCGAUUGGUCAGUUCUUUUUAUGCCUGAAACCAAUCAAAUGGCUAACCAUGUGCCUUCAGUUUUGUCAUGACAUAUUUCAAGGAUGCAGAGAAGAUAUUUGUUUCUGAAGUGGAAAACAUGGAUUUAAAAGUAACAUCAUUGAUUUACUAUACAUAAAAAAACUGCUAGAAUCGUAUGAAUAUAAUAUUUUUGAGUAUGUUUUUACUUUGACGUAAUCAUAAUAUAUCAUCGUGCUGAGGAGGUAAGCUGAUUUCAUAUUUAAUUGUUACUUAUAAAAAUAUAUAUAUAAUAAAUAUAAUAUUUUUAUCGUUUUAAAUUGUUUUCCUAAACUUGUUAUUUUAUGUUAAUAUAGUGCUAUCUGUGAAGCUGCUUUAUUGGUUUAAUAGUGAAAUAUGUCUUUUGUCAUAAGUUUUUUCUGUGAUAUGUAAAUUUGUAAUUGAUUUAACUUUUACAUCUAAAGACACCAGAUUAUUUUAUUUUUUGAAGGGAUGGGGAAACCAGAUUUUUAUCAUAAUUUUAUUUUGAGAAAGGAAGGGGAAGGGAGGGGUAGUGAUUUUAAGAUGUUUUGUUGUGCACCAGCAUUGAUUUGUUCUGCUUUCAUUGGUCAUUAGCUUAUAUAUCAAUGGACCUGAUUGGUCAAUAGCUUAUAUAUACUGUUGUAUGGCCCUGGUUGGUUGCUUUGUGUAGAAGAGUGUCUAAAAGCAUGAAUGUGAUUGGUACAGAUGGCAAGUGUUAAUGUCUUCUUGUUGGUAUUUCUUGUGCCUCAUUUAAAAGGAUUUCAUUGAAUGACAUAAGAGGUGUCCCUCCCCUGGACAUUUACAGAACAAAGAAGUUUGUUAUUUCCAUUUAAAUAAGAUAAAAAACGUGAUCAUGUUUUAAAUGCUGUUAGGAUUAACUUGUACAAAGUAUAAGACUUCAUAAUUAACUCCAAUACUAUUUCAGUAUCGAUUGUGCAUGUAAUACUUGGUAUAAAUUAUACUGGUACGUGUAAUACUUAGUAUAAAUUAUUCUGGUACGUGUAAUACUUGGUAUAAAUUAUACUGGUAUGUGUAACACUUGGUAUAAAUUAUACUGGGACGUGUAACACUUGGUAUAAACUAUACAGGUACGUGUAACACUUGGUAUUAAUCAUACUGGUACGUG